GGCUGGAGGACUGCCUGCAGCAGUACAUCCCAUCCUUCCAUCAGCAGCAGGUUGACGGGGAAAAGCUGCUCAGGAUGUCCCACCAGGACCUGCUGGGUCUGGGCGUGGCCUGGGUUGGACACCAGGAGCUGAUCCUGGAGGCCGUGGACCUGCUCUGCGUUCUGAACUACAGCGUGGAGUCAGACAACCUUAACAGUCUGGUGGGGACAAUGAGAACUGCCCACCAGAACCUGAGCGGUGCCGUUUUACAGCGCAGGAAGAACCCCGCCCACCAGAACAAAACCUCCAUUCAACCCUCCAACGACUUCCUGAGCGCUGUGGUCCAGCUGAUCACCACUGCUAAGAGUCUGCUGGCCUGGCUCGACAGGACUCCACUGAACAACACCAACGACUUCACAUCUACCAAAGGCAGAAUCAUCCAUCUGUGUCUGGAGCUCACCUCAACCGUGCAGAAGGACUGCACCAUCUUUGAGAUGGAGGAGAAGAUCCUGGAGGUGUCACAAUAUCUGAAUGGACUGUGUGACAAGACAGUCCAGGUGACCUCUGACCUCUCCAAACCAGAUGUGUCCUGUCGGGAGGAAGUUCACAUCACCAACAUCAAACCUGGGGAGGGACUGGGAAUUUACAUCAAAUCCACCUAUGAUGGUCUUCAUGUCAUCACUGGAACCACAGAGAACUCUCCUGCAGAAAGAACUCAGAGGAUCCAUGCUGGAGAUGAAGUUAUCCAGGUCAACAAUCAGACGGUGGUCGGCUGGCAGCUGAAACACCUGGUGGAAAAGCUGAGAGCAGAGUCUGGAAGUGUUUUGUUGGUGCUAAGGAAGAGGCCGUGUGGAGUAUCUGGAUUCACACCUGCUCUGUUGAAAAACCUACGCUGGAGACCACCGUUAGUCCAGAAGUCUCCGAUAGCCCCAGGUCACCACAGAUCUCCAGAAUCCACAGAAGCUUCAAGAACCAGGAGGAAGACCACCAUUGUGGACCUGCACCCCCCAUUAGAAAAACCUUCAGGCGGAAACCCCCAUCCCAGAUCUCCAAACUCAUCUCUGGAUGCAGACGUUUACCUCCAGGACUCCGGACCUGAAGUCCGACGGCUGGUUCCGGUCCAACUCCGACAGCGCUCGUCUGCACGCUGCAAAGCUCGACCCGUCUCCAUGCCUGUGGACUCAGUUCUGAGUGGGUCCAAUUUGUCCAGGCGCACGGCUCAGGGACGAAAAGCUGAUGACCACCUGCACCGGUACCUGAGUAACGAGCGGAUCGGCACCAUCACAGAGGAGGAGCUACGCUUCCCUCUGCCGUACCGAGGUCGCCCAGCGGUACGUGGCGCCGACCACAUCAGAGGAAGCCGGUGCUUCAUCAACACCGACCUGCACCACAGCACCACCCUCAGGUACCAGGAGGCGGUGGAGACGAAGGCUGAGGUCGGCGCCGCUCGGCCCAGCAGAACCAAAACAUCCACAUCGCUGCUGGGCGGCUGGUUGGCCCGGCUCCGGCUGCUCAGUCAUUGAGAAGGACUCAGAAUCUGGACCAGGAUCUGGGUUUAGAAUCCAGUACCUUACAGGUUUAUCUUCUAGUUCUGACCACAUGUCCCGUAUGAAUGCAGUUUUAUUUUCCUGAUUUGUUUUCUGUAAAACCUUCACUGGACCUGCAAGAACCUGCUGAGCUAGAGGUUCUAAGGAAGGUGUUCCUCAAGGAUCCAUCUAUGACCUCUUUUUCUUUCUAUCUGUUAAUUCUGUUGUUUUUAAUAAAGAUACCUUGACUUUUCAGAA